AAUCUUUUAAUCCAAAGAAGAAGAUUCGCGUUGAAGCAUUGCGUUGAAAGGCGAGUUACGUCAUCAUGGCCAAGAUGGCAGCCUCCAUGGUGGAGAGUGGAGAAGAUGCAUUUCGGAAAAUAUUUAAGUUCUACAAGAGAAGAAACCCACCGCCAGAUUUCAGCGACGUCAUUGACUUCUCAAGAGGUGUACCGAGUGACAAGGUUAUUUCAGCUAAACUGGACCUUGUUGCAGUGACUGAUACAGAUGCUGCCAGGGUUGGAUUACAGCCCGUCAGAGACUGGAGAGCCUUCAGCCUGCAGGGCUACCCAGGGUUCAUCUUCAUCUCCAACCCGUUCCUGCUGGGCUCCCAACCCUUCUGGGUACGACAGUGUUUGAAGACGUAUCCUCAGAAACCCAAUGUCUGCAACCUGGACAUGCACAUGUCUUCAUCUGACACUCAGGACAUCUGGGGCAAGAGCAUACAUGGCCUCAGCUGUCCUCCCUCUGGAAAGAGAGAACCAAAGACUCUACUGGAGAGGCUGCGCUGGGUAACUCUUGGAUAUCAUUACAACUGGGAUACCAAGACUUACUCUGCAAACCAUUACACUCCUUUCCCAGCUGAGCUGAACCGACUGUCCUUCCAAAUAACAGCCGCCUGUGGGUUUCCAGGAUUUAACGCAGAGGCUGGAAUCCUCAACUACUACAGAUCAGAUUCCUCUCUGGGAAUCCACGUAGAUGAAUCUGAACUGGAUCACAGCCGGCCGCUUCUGUCAUUCAGUUUUGGGCAAUCAGCCAUCUUCCUCCUGGGAGGUACAUGCAGACAUGACCCCCCAAUUGCUAUGUACAUGCACAGUGGGGAUGUGAUGGUGAUGUCGGGAAAGAGCCGCCUCCUUUACCAUGCUGUCCCACGCAUCAUCCCAGCGCCAGAGGGACAUACUGCUUUAGAGAUGGAAGGCUACAGCCUGGCCUCAUCCCUGCGGGACAGCACUGUGGUGGAGCAGAUGUCAGAGCAGGACUGGGCAGUGUGUUCCAGGUACAUCCAGAGCUCCAGAGUGAAUGUGACCAUCAGACAGGUGCUGGGGCCCGGACAGAGCUUUCCAGAAACACCCUCUCUUCACCACAGGACUGAUGCAGGCCAGACAGACGGAUACCAUGAAGGAUCAGUAGACGGAGAGAGGUCGAAGAGAAAGAGGAGUAGUAGCUGUGACUUUGUUGAUAUAGGAAAGACAUGAAAGUGACGAAGAAAUAAGUUCAUUAUUUACAUUCUAUAUUACACACCUUUGAUAAAGUUAAUGCUCAGCUGAGUUUGUCUAACAAGCAGCUUCCACAAGACCACAGUUUGACAGAGACAAUGUUACACUGGAAUAUUUUGUUUUAACUGAGCUAGGGGCUAAGAAGCGGAACCCUUAUUCAGGAGGACAAUUUGUGAAGUAGCCGUGUUGCUGCUGUUGGACCGCCAAAACCAGACGAUGUAAAAUUGGUCAAAACUGUCAGUUUGUGUCAAAAAAACACUGAAAGAUAUUGUCUGAAACCAGCUUCGAGUAACUUCAUCAUCUGACAUCAACUACCUAAAAUAAUAAGUUAAAAUACUAUAAUAUUAACUCUUUUGUGAAAUACGAUUGGUUUAUAUAACGGAAACUGUAUAUACCAGUAUUGAAAUAAUACAUAGGUGGCCAUAUAUGGUGUCAAUUCACCAUAUCCUACUGUACAUUUCAUAAUAUUGGUUUUUCUUUUAUUUAGAUGUGUUUUAUUAAAGCCUCUCUUAAAGUCA